AUGAGUGAGAACCUCCCCCCUUGCCCGUUGUAUCCUGAAUAUGCAUCGGACGUCCCGGAGAAUGAGUCGGCUCCUUUCGAGCAACUCAAUCCGAUCCCUGGGUACACGCAGCCCAUUAUCCCCUUCGGAAUCUCACCCUAUAACGAACUGUUCUCUAGUCGCCAAGAUCACCCAGAGGCCAGCCCAAUCCCCAGCGAACGAUCACUGAAUCCCAAAGUCCCCAUCCCUCGAACUACGCGUCCUAUCAACCAUACCAGCAGUGGCCGUGUCGGUCGUGCGUGCGAGAACUGCCGUGAGCAAAAAGCCAAAUGUAGUGGGCAUCGUCCAUCCUGCCAUCGGUGUCAGGAUGCGGGGGUACCAUGUUCUUACGGCGACCGGAAGCGCGAGAAGAUGCUUAAGCAACUGGAAGAAUUUACUGCUCAGAUCAAUACCUACGAGAGUUUGUUACGGGAUUUGUACCCGAGACUCGAGGCUUCGUUGGCCCAGCACGUUGAUCAGACCCUCGGCCGCCAAUUAGUCAGGAGUACUUCUAUAUCAUUUUCUGAUGGGGAGGCCUCGAGCUAUCCCUUAAGCAUUACAGAUCACACCGCAGAGGACUUCAACCGAGACGAAAAGGUCCGGGCGAUGGGAUUCGUGGGCGAGCACUCGGAACUGGCUUGGCUAUACAAACUUAAGCGCGACCUCGAUUGCGAAAGCUCAACACCCGUCGUCGAGACCCCCGAUCGAGUAUCCGUUUCCAUCUCAUCCCUGAACUACUUCCUGGACGACACCGAAAUUUCGAGCCUCGAUCACGUUGAACUAUCAAAACGACCUCCCCAGCAUAUUGCCGACCAUCUCGUGGACGUCUAUUUCCAAGCCGUUCACCCUGCGUUCCCCAUCAUCGGGAAGGGAGUCUUCCUAGGUCAAUACCGAUCCUUCUACACGAAUCCGAACGUGAGACCUGGGAAGCGAUGGAUUGCCGUGCUAAACCUUGUGUUUGCAAUUGCAGCAAGGUACACUUUACUUGUCGGGGAUGGCCUUGAAGGAGAUGGUGAUGACCACCUGUCCUAUUCUGCAAGGGCCUGGCGCCUGAGCAUCGACAACGUCGCGUUGUUGGACCAUCCGAACUUGCAGCAAGUGCAAGUAGAAGGCCUGACUGCUUUCUACCUCCUUUCUACUGGCCAAGUUAACCGAUCAUGGCAGAUUAUUGGAAUUGCGAUUCGAUCAGCGACGGCUAUGGGACUGAAUCUUCGUAGCGAGACCGGUAGUGUUGCACAAGUCUCGAAAGAGACUCGAUACCGCGUGUGGUGGGCGCUGUUCAUGUUGGACACGGUGCUCUGCGUGAGAACCGGCCGCCCGCCUAGCACCGACCCGGCCUUUUGCACGACCCCCUUGCCCAUCCCAUACAUCGAGGAGGACUUUGGAAUCCAAGGCAUAGUUCAGAUUAUCGACAAUCUGUCUAUCCGGAAUAACUUGAUGACCUCGCUGUUGACCUCUGUUGGCGGUGCCGGCACCCCUUCUGCGUCUAGCGAAGCCUCGAUCGACCCUACCUACUUCGCGAAGGCCGGCUCAAGGAAAGGCAAGGAGGCUGAACAAACAAUGAUGGACCUGAAUGACACUAUAACGCCGAAUAUUUCUCUGUGUUUCCUAUAUGGAGUGGACCUGGACAUUGUAAUGAGAGAAGCUAUCCAGACUUUGUACGCCCCUGGCGCAACAAAACGAUCCUGGAUGGAGAUGGAGAUUGCUAUUUCCAACCUCAACACGAAUGCUGACAAGUGGCUCUCCCGCCUCCCAGCAGAGUUUCACUUCACAAACCUAGACGCCACCGCUACCGAUCCGUUCGUCCGCCAACGUGCCGACCUUGGCUUCCGCUUCUACAAUACCAAACUCGUCAUCUCUCAACCCUGCCUCCGUCAUCUCGCCUACCAAGCCCCCAGCACGAGUCCCGGGGGCGCUCUUUGCGGUACAAUGGCAGGCACGUGUGUGCAAAUGGCAUGCAAAAUGUUGGAUAUGCUCCCCACCAAACCGGACGCGAUCUGGCUAUACGGAGUCUCCCCCUGGUGGUGUGUCCUACACUACAUCAUGCAAUCUACGACCGUUCUCCUUACCGAGCUCUUCGCACGCACAAUACCUGGGACCUCCGAGGCUCUCAAUUUGGUCGACAAGCUCAAGAAAGCUAUCGCCUGGCUCCGCGAGAUGUCCGCCAAGGAUCCCUCCUCCCAACGAGCGUGGCUUGUCUGUAUGGACAUCCUCUCUCGGCAUGGCGAGAAAUUCUCUAUUGAAAUUGACCCCAGGCUUUAG